AGAAAACAUCACGUAGGGGGCAGAGAUUGUUUAUCGCUUCCCUCUUAUAUUGCACUUAAAAAGAAGUAUUUUCAGAUAUAGAAGACGUUUCUCUUUGAAGCGGACAAGAAACCAAGCUGAAAAGUCAUGACUGUCUUCAUCCACACAAAUACAUCAGUGCUGUGACAGCUCCAAAAUAAUGUCUAGCCCAAAGAUGAGUCUCCCAAAGGAAAAGAGUGAAAGAUCAGGAUCAUCUGUAUUCAGCUCUGUGUCUGUGAAGAGUGACUGGUCCCAAGAAAAAGGACCAAACUUCAGAGAAAUAACACCACCAGAUACUGAAAGUGAAAGAUCUGGAUCAUCUGUACUCAGCUCUGUGUCUGUGAAGAGUGACUGGUCCCAAGAAAAAGGACCAAACUUCAGGGAAAAAACACCAUCAGAUACUGAAAAGUUUGAGACUUCAGAUGCAGACUUCCAGAGUAAAGGAUUCAGUAAGAAUUUUACAGAGCAUCUUUCUUCGAUCUUUCAGGACCUUGAGAAAAAAAUGAUACAAUUUCUAAAGGAUGAGCUGGAAAAGUUUAGGAAAAUAUUGAAAAAAGAAACCGUACAACAAUAUAUGAAGGAACUUAAGGAGGAUAGAAACAUCAUCAGAGAAGCAGCUCUUAAUAUCACACUUUACUUUUUGAGAAGUAUGAAACAAGAUGAACUUGCUGAUACUCUGAAAGAUGAGGUGAUAGUCUUUAUUAAUCAACAUCAACUGAAAUCAAACCUGAAGAAUAAGUAUCAAUGUGUAUUUGAAGGAAUUGAAAAGCAGGGUGACUCUAAACUUCUGAAUAAGAUCUACACAGAUCUGUAUAUCACUCAGGGUGGAGGUGAACAGGUCAAUACUCAGCAUGAGGUUAGACAGAUUGAGAACACUUCCAGGUGUCUGGAAUCAUCAGAGACACAGAUUCAAUUCACAAAUUUAUUUGCACCACAUGAACAAGACCAGAACAUCAGAACUGUAAUAACAAAAGGAGUUGCUGGCAUUGGAAAAUCUGUUUCAGUGCAAAAGUUUGUUCUGGACUGGACUGAAGGAAAAGAAAAUCUGGAUAUCAGCUACAUAUUUCCUCUACCUUUCCGAGAGAUGAACUUAAAAGACAAACAAACACAGAGUUUAAUGGACCUUAUACAUCAGUGUUUCCCAGAGAUAAAAGGACUGAACCUUACAAGAAAUAACAAGUUUAAAAUCCUGUUCAUCUUUGAUGGAUUGGAUGAAUGUCGUCUUCCUCUGAAGUUUGCGGGUAAUGAGACAUGGAGAGAUAUCACCUCACCUGCUCCUCUAGAUGUUCUCCUAACAAACCUCAUCCAAGGAAAUCUGCUUCCUUCUGCUCUCAUCUGGAUAACCACCAGACCAGCAGCAGCCGGUAAGAUUCCUCCUGACUGUAUCGACCGGGUGACAGAGGUACGAGGAUUCAAUGACACACAGAAGGAAGAGUACUUCAGAAAAAGAUUCUCAGAUGAGAAUAUGGCCGACGCAAUCAUAGAUCAUGUAAAAAAAUCUAAGAGUCUCUAUAUCAUGUGCCACAUCCCAGUCUUCUGCUGGAUUUCAGCCACCGUCCUCCAGAACAUUCUAGAGAAGAAAAACAAUCAACAGUCUGACGACACGACCAAAACACUUCAGGAAUCAAACACUGAGGAAACUCCUAGAACUCUGACACAGAUGUACACACAUUUCUUUCGCUUUCAAAUACAACAGAGCAGAAGAAAGUAUGAUGGAGAACACUCGCCAGAUAUCUCCUGGGAUAGAGACGCUAUCUUGUCACUGGGCAAACUGGCAUUUCAACAGCUGGAAAGAAACAACCUGAUCUUCUAUGAUUCAGACCUGAAGGACUGUGGCAUUGACGUCUCUAAGGCAGCCGUGUACUCAGGGAUGUGUACUCAGAUCUUUAAACAGGAGACGGGGAUCAUUCUGGGGACCAUGUACUGCUUUGUUCACUUGAGCAUUCAGGAGUUCAUCGCAGCUCUGUAUGCACAUCUGAUUCUGGACAUUGAAAAGAAAAAUGUCUUUAUUCAAGGAAACAAAUUUUUGAUUUAUUUAUUAAAGCUCGGGAGACUAUACAACAGCGAAACAAUGAUUGAUUUACUGAAGACUGCUGUUGAUAAGGCACUUGAGAGUGAGAAUGGACAUUUGGACCUUUUCCUUCGCUUUCUUCUCGGUCUCUCACUGGACUCCAAUCGGCCGCUCUUACAAGGUCUGUUGACACAGCAAGACAGCGAUGAGCAGACCUACAAGGAAAUAGUUGCAUACAUCAAGCAGAAGUUUAAUGAAAACUCCUCUCCAGAGAGAUCCAUCAAUCUGUUUUACUGUCUGAAUGAACUGAAUGAUCAAUCUCUGGUACAAGAGGUUCAGAAGCACCUUAGAGAAGGAAGUCUGUCAUCUGCUGAUCUCUCACCUGCUCAGUGGUCUGCUCUGGUCUUUGUGUUGUUGACCUCAGAUGAGGAACUGGAGGACUUUGAGCUUCAGAAAUUCAAGAAAUCAGAUGAAUGUCUCAUUAGACUAUUGCCGGUGGUCAAAGCCUCCAAAAGAGCUCUACAAAUGCUGUUCAGCUCUGGCUAAUGUUGUGGGAUCAGAAAGCAGUCUGAAAGAGCUCAAUGUGAGCAAUAAUAAUCUGAAGGAUUCAGGAGUCAAGCAGCUCUGUGCCGUACUAGAGAAAACAAAGAGUAAACUAGAGAUACUGAGUUUGAAUAAGUGUGAUCUUACAGAAGAAAGUUGUUCAGCUUUGACUUCAGUUCUCAGUUCAGACAGCAGCAGUCUGCUGGAGCUUGAUCUGAGUAACAAUAAUCUAC